AUGAUACAACAACCUCCAGUUGAAGAGGAAGGCUUUUAUUUGAGUUGGGCUUUACUAAUCCAGACCUCCCUUUUAAUAUUAUCGUUAUGUUCUUCUUACUACUUACAACACAAACAAAUCCGUGCAAUACACGAAACUGUGAUUUCCAUUUUUGCAGGAAUGAUUGUUGGACUGGUGAUUCGUAUGUCGCCAGGUGGUUAUGAAAUGAAAAAGGAAAAUUUUUUCAGGAAUCUUGGAACUAUUCUUACAUUUGCGUUUUUGGGCACUUUUAUUUCAGCUGUUGUCAUAGGAGUUUUAGUUGGAAUAUUAUCGGCUAUAGGAGUAGGCUCACUGUCACUUUCAUUUUUAGAUUCAAUGAUUUUUGGAUCCGUUUUAUCAGCAACUGAUCCGGUAACUGUACUUACCAUAUUCCAAGCGCUUAAAGUUGAUCCUAAACUUUAUUCUAUAAUCUUUGGAGAAAGUAUCUUGAAUGAUGCUGUUUCCAUUGUACUUUACGAGUUGCGUAUUAACAAGUUAACACUUAAACAGUAUCGAGGUCAAGAAUUUCAUUUAACGAACAUAUCUCACGGAAUAUUUUCAUUUUUUCUUAACUUUGGAGCUUCAUUAAUAAUCGGAUUUUAUUCUUCGAUAGAAUCAUGUAUCGUCGCAUUAAUUGCAUAUUCUUCCUACCUACUUUCUAAUGGAUUGUAUCUGUCAGGAAUCGUUUCUUUGUUGUUUUGUGGUAUAACACUAAAACAUUACGCAUAUGACAACAUGUCAAUACAUACGCAGCGUACUACCAAAGAUUUGUUUCAUGUUCUCGCCCAAUUAUCUGAGAAUUUUAUAUUUAUUUAUUUAGGUUUGACAUUAUUCACACAGACAAAUUUGGACUAUAGACCCUCCUUUAUUUUCUUUACAUCGAUUAUUAUUUGUAUAUCACGAUACAGUGCAGUAUUUCCACUUUCAAAUUUAAUCAAUAUUAUGUCAAGGUAUAGAAACAAGGGUGAAUCUAUUCCAAAAAAGUAUUCAGUUAUGUUGUUCUGGGCGGGACUGAGAGGAGCGGUAGCAUUUGCAUUGGCAGCUGGAUUAGAUGGUAAAAAUGCAAAUGCGAUGAGAACAACAAUUCUUGUAGUGGUUGUUUUGAGUGUUAUUGUUUUUGGGGGCACAACUGGUCGAGUACUGGAAAUAAUGAAAAUACAAACUGAUCACAAUAAUGGACAUAGUCGAACAAAUUCUCAAGGAUCUAAUUCGGGAGAUACUAAUAAUAGAUAUUCUGACGAAUUGCAACAAACGAACUUUACACCUAUGCAGAAACAUUGGUUUAUAUCAUUUGAUGAUAGAUUUUUGAAACCAUUUUUUACGCGAAAUAUAGAUUUUAGAUAUAGAUCACCACAUAACAGAUGGGAUUAUGGAGAGAGGAGACAUGAAGGAAAUAAUGAUGAUUUUAUAGGGUUAACGGGAGGGUCAGUGAGAACCGCCUCUUCGAGAACUCCUGUAAGAAAUGGAGGGAGAAGUUUUAAUAAUAAUAACAAUUCAAGAAUUGGACUCAAACAAGGAAAUUAUAAUGAAAAUUUGUCAGAAGAUUCACCAUUAUCCACACAGCAACAGGACCUUGAUACAACCAAUCCAAAAACAGUCGGACUUCAAAGUUUUCCUGAUUUGGAGGUUGAACAUUGA